AAGAACUGGCUCACACUGUGCGCCACACCGGCUCGCGAGCCAGUUGACCGUCAUGAUUUCCCUCUAAGAAAAAAAAAAAUAAAUAAAAUAAAAAGAGAGAGAGAGAGAGACAGCGAGUGGGUCCACAGUCCGUGUCGUGUCCACUCUCUUGUCCAUCCGUGGGCGGUCUGACUUUAUGGUGACACAUGGAGUCCUUGGAUCACAGAUUCAACACCUUCUUGGAGUCAUGGUUGGGUCCCAGAGAUCAGCGGGUGCGGGGUUGGCUGCUGCUCGACAGCUACUCACUGACCCUUGCCCUCACCUUGGUGUACCUUGCGGUGGUGUGGAUGGGGCCCAAGUACAUGAGACACAGGCAGGCGUACUCGUGCAAAGGCCUCCUCGUGUUGUACAACGUGGGCCUGACACUCCUUUCGCUUUUCAUGUUCUACCAGCUUGUUUCUCCUCUGCGGAACGGCAGCUAUGACUUCUACUGCCAGGACUCACAUAGCGCACCGGAAGUGGAUAAUAAGGUCAUGAAUAUCCUGUGGUGGUAUUACUUCUCCAAGCUCAUUGAGUUCAUGGACACCUUUUUCUUCAUUCUGCGAAAGAACAACCACCAGAUCACCUUUCUUCACGUCUACCACCACGCCAGCAUGCUGAACAUCUGGUGGUUUGUCAUGAACUGGCUCCCUUCUGGUCACUCGUACUUCGGGCCUUGCCUCAACAGUUUCGUCCAUGUGGUCAUGUACUCGUACUACGGCCUGUCAGCCAUCCCCGCCGUCCGACCGUACCUCUGGUGGAAGAAGUACAUCACACAGCUGCAGCUGAUCCAGUUCGUCCUAACAGUGUUGCAGACUCUGUGUGCCAUCAUCUGGCCGUGUGGUUUUCCCUUGGGAUGGCUCUACUUCCAAAUAACAUACAUGCUCACCCUCAUUGUCUUCUUCUCCAACUUCUACAUUCAGACGUACAAGAAGCACAAGCAGGAGCUCAAGAACGGCCGCGCUUCCCUGUCCACCAAUGGUCACUCAAAAGGGACCACGGCGCACAAAACAAAGACAAACUGAGGCUAUCUUGGCGACUUCAACCUCGCUAAGUGGCAAAAACUUAGCAUGCCAGCUACAAAGAAGCAAGAAGAAAAGUCUAGUAGGCCAUGGUCCGUACCUUCCUUGUUUUUGUUACUCACGCCAUGAAUUGGAAUGAGUAGAAUAUUUAAUGUGUGUCCUAUUUAAACAAUACUGACUAGGGAGGCUUUCUAUAGAGAUGGUGCAAAGACAAAACGCUCAAGUGAGCGUGUUGUAAAUUUGAAGUACGCAGCAUUUCGGAUCGUCCUUGAUGUGUAACAAGAGCGCGCUUCUUGUGUCCUGCCUGUGCUGUUGCGUAAUCUCUAAAUACUGUAUGUCCUCUGCAGAGAGGCCAGGACAGUGCAACAUGCUUAUGGUCAAAUAUCUGCACAGUAGACACAUUGAUAUGAAACAUAAACGAAUCCCUUGGCACUCCUUUUAAAGUAUUAUUCACCGAAAAGGGAACUGUACGUAUUUAAUUUAUUAAGCGUGCAAUAAUACUCAACAUUACAUUUACAUUAUUUGAAGUAUUUCUAUAAAUGCGGUGCCUUCAUGGACGUGUUCAUUCAUCACCACACUGAAGCUUGUUCACUCUGUGCCUGACUUGACCAUUUCUGUUAUGACAUCAGUAAUCGAAAGUAAUCAACUAUAUCAGAAGUUGAUAUGUGGUGACAUAUUUAUUACAUUUAAUGCAGAGGAAGUGUGCAUAUUCACUGUGACUAAAAGGCAGACAAACUCUUGGUUCAUUUCACACUGGAAGUGUCACCCGUGAUGAUGUGACAUACUUCCCAUUUGAGAGUAGAUGCACUCCCUGUUAGUGCACAGCACUGGCGUAUUGUAAAUUAUUUCCAUACAAUUUGUUCACCCUGUUGCAUAAUGCAUCAAAGUUAAAAUUGUACAUGGUUCUUUGAAUAAAACCAGUUACUUCA